CCCAAAAAACAUCGCAGAAGAAGAGUUCUUGGAGAGGAGAGACCAUUGCCAUCAAUGACAGAAAACCAGCCACAGAGACAUGUUUCUAGCACCAAAAAGUGUAAGAAUUGUCAUGAGCUUGGGCAUAACAAGAGGACUUGCAAGAAUCCGAGCAUCGUAUCACAAAAUCAACCACCUGAAGGCUCUGCUCAAGCACAAGUACCACUUGAAGGCUCAUCUCAAGCACAAGUACCACCACCAACAGGCAGGGGCCGUGGAAAUACAAGUGCUCGAGGCAAAAAAGAUGCACCAACAACAAAAAGCAAAGGCAGAGAUUGAGGUCGAGGUUCAAGUUGGGAGCUUAGAUGCAUCUCCUGAGGAGAUGCACUUGUCUGGAGCACCAUUAGAUAUUUUCUCAACUCAGUAUACUUAGUGGAAUCACAACCACAACAAAAACUUUUGAAGAACAUUAUAUAUUUUGUCUUAGGUUAUAUAUGCCUUCUUUUGUUCAUUUUGUAUGGCAUAAACCAUAGAUAGUUGUGUUGGCUUUAUUUUGUGCUGGCUUUAUUUUGUAUAUGUUUUGAUGUACUUUAGUUGGCUUUAUUUUGUAAA